AUGCCGGGCGUAGCGUUUAACCCAACAAGGGACAUACCAGACCUUGCUGGCAAGGUCAUCCUGAUAACUGGCGGUGCGUACAGCUCCCCUUCACGUUGCACCGCCGGCGUGGGCGCCGGAACAAUAAUCGAACUCGCGCGGCACAACCCAGCGCACCUGCUCUUCACAGGGCGCAACGCCGCAUCAGCCGAGGCGACCAUCUCCGCCGUCCACGCCGCAGCGCCCGGCGUCCGCAUUUCCUUCGUGCAGUGCGAGCUGGCCCACCAGGGCUCGGUCAAGGCAGCAGCCGAGAAGCCCCCUCUAUCCGACCUCUCGCGGCUCGACGUCCUGAUCUGCUGCGCGGGCAUCAUGGCCAAGCCCGCCGCGCUGUCGGCCGACGGAUACGAGAUACACUUCGCCACCAACCACCUCGGCCACGCCCUGCUCACGCGCAAGCUUUUGCCGCUGCUGGAGAGGACGGCUGAUAGUAUCCCAGGUGCAGACGUCCGCAUCGUCAUGGUGACGAGCACGGCUUGGAGAGGCGCGCCGCCGGGGGGGAUCCAGUUCGAUCGGCUCCGCACAACGCAGGAGAUGGCGCUGGGCCGCUGGCUGCGGUACGGGCAGAGCAAGCUGGCCAAUAUGCUGUAUGCACGCGAGCUGGCGAAGCGAUACGGGCAGAAGAUCCUGUCGUUCAGCCUCACGCCAGGGGUUGUCACGACGGGGUUGGUAACGGACUUGAGUCUGCUGGACAAGGCGCUGGUCUAUGUGCCCAACAUUGGUCGCAUGAAGACGCCCGAGGAGGGGACGCACAAUCUGCUCUGGGCCAUUGCCGCCCGCAGGGAGGAUAUCAAGCCGGGAGCGUUUUACGAACCUGUGGGCGACCUGUCCAAGAUGAAGACCAAGGCAAGCGAGGACCCGGAGCUGGGAAACAGGCUCUGGGAGUGGACCGAGGCAGAGAUUGCCAAGUGGCUGUAG